CCGGCCCAGCCCCGGCCUGUGCCCGUCGGUCGCCUCCGUGAGGCUGACUCCUGGCCAGGCGUCUUGCUGGUGUCUGCUUGUAUCCCGAUUCUCAGAUUGGCAAGAACUCCUAAGAAGGUUUUGUUUUACUGUCACUUUCCUGACCAGCUUCUGACCAAGAGAGAAUCUUUUCUUAAGCGCAUCUAUAGAGCACCUCUUGACUGGCUGGAAGAGUAUACUACUGGUAUGGCAGAUUGCAUUGUUGUCAACAGCAGUUUUACAGCAAAUGUCUUCAAGGAUACAUUUACAUCCUUAAAUCAUAUUAAACCUGAUGUCCUGUACCCUUCUUUAAAUGUCAGUACCUUUGAAACUAUUGUUCCUGCAGAUAUAGCUAAUAUAAUUCCCCAAGGGAGAAAAUACUUGUUUCUUUCAAUCAAUAGAUUUGAAAGGAAAAAAAACUUAGCAUUAGCUCUGGAAGCAUUACAUGAUCUUCGUGGAAGGCUCAGUGCUCAAGAGUGGAAUGAAGUUCAUCUAGUUUUGGCUGGUGGUUAUGAUGAAAGGGUUUCGGAAAAUGUGGAACAUUAUGAAGAGCUGAAGAAUAUUGCAACCAAGCUUAAUAUUAGCAAGCAAGUCACUUUUGUUAGGUCUUUUUCAGAUGAACAAAAAAUCGCUCUUUUUAAUAAUGCUGUAUGUGUGCUUUAUACGCCAAGCAAUGAACACUUUGGCAUAGUACCUUUGGAGGCUAUGUAUAUGAGAUGUCCAGUGAUAGCAGUUAAUUCAGGUGGUCCUUUGGAAUCUGUUGUAAAUAAUGUUACAGGAUUUUUGUGCGAACCUCUUCCAACGCAGUUUUCUGAGGCCAUGGAAAAAUUUGUGAAAGACUCUGCCUUAAAGAAUACAAUGGGAACAGCUGGAAGAAUGAGAGUUACCAAAAAUUUUUCAUCAGCAGCAUUUUCAGAACAGCUGCACCAAUACAUAUGUAGAUUAACACAAUAGCAGAUACACUUACUGUAAUUUACUGUUGUCAUAUUUCUGGUUUGUGUAUGAGAUGGUUCAACUAAUAGCUAGGCUAACACAAAUAUGCUGGAGUAUUUAAAAAAUGUAAAUUGAAUUAAAUCUUUAAACUACCCUUUUGGAUACUAUGCUUAAUGCUGGUUGCCUCAAAAUAAGGUUUUAUUUGAGGUUGGAUUUGUUUACUAUUUAUUUGGGUGCCACUGACUGCACUGAAUUUUUGCUAUGUAUUGUGUACUGGAAAUUUUUUUAAUACAUUUAAAUUUCACUUUCUAGUUUAAAUUGUAAGAAAAGUUAAAAUUAUGGCAAAUCUAACUUCAGAUUGUAUAAGAUUAACUUUCAUAGCAAGUGUAGAGAAGAAAGUUUAAUUAACUUUACAGGGCAGUUAUUUUGUUGUAGUACUCUGUAUUCUGCACCAUAAUUUGCCAUUUGAAUGAAUUUCUACUGCAAGGUUCUCCCAGAUCUCCACUAAUUCUAGGUGAACAGGGUCAUUGAAAAUCCAGUGAGUUUUAUCUAUGUAAUAAAGUCGCAGGUGGUUUGAUCCAUA